CUACAACUGUGGGUAAGCUACAAUCUCUCAUCAUAUAUUGCACGAAGAAUAAAAUGUGAAUGCUCUUUAUUUCCUAAUGAAAACUUCUUGCAGGUCAAAUUUCAACAGGGUGAAUUUCAGGGGCUUUUACACAGCUAUUUUAGAAAAGGAUGAAGAGAUCAUUUCUGCAGCGACCAUAAGGAUUCACGGAACAAACCUUGCUGAAAUGCCCUUCAUCGCGACAAAUAAGGAAUAUAGGAGAAAAGGAAUGUGCAGAAAGCUAAUGGUUGCCAUUGAAUCAGCUCUUUGCUAUCUAAAGGUAGAAAAGCUGGUAAUUCCAUCAGUAUCAGAGCGCAUAGGGACCUGGAUAGAAAACUAUGGUUUUCGUCUCAUUAGCUCUCCAUUACCAAAAGAGAUAAAAUUGCACAAUACAUUGAUGUUCCAUGAUUCAAAAAGAUUGCAAAAAGACCUCCUUCCAUCUGCUUUGGCUAAGAUAUAUCGAGCUGAUUCUCGAGGAGAGACAUGGAGUACCGCAAAGAAAUGUGAAGAGCCAAGGCCCUUUGACUUGAAUGUUGAAGCAUCUCAUCAACAGGACAAAGACUGA